AUGGCUUUCCAGACGGAUGUUCUUCGCGAUGGCGAGUGGGUUACGGAAACGGUCGCUAUCAACGAUAUGCUCAAGGCAGGUACCAACAACAAACCCAGUGUACCGGAGCAGCGUAUCGACCAACCCCCAACUAUUGGCAUUCUUACCAAAACCGUCAUUGAGAGUCCUGUAGCACACUGGAUGCUUCCUGUGCGGCUACGGUCUGCUCAGCAUAUGGACGUCGCCGUUAUUGGACUCCUAACCUACUUCCAGGACCACUAUGUGCAAAUCAGUGAACUAGGACGAGAUGGCCGGCUUCGCAACAUUGUUCGCAAGACCGAUUUUGGGUCUCGUAUUCGAAAUGCCAAGGUCAUCGGUACUUCCCCGGAGAGCGCCACUGACGAUGAAAACGACGAGGUUCAGGUCCAUAUCAAAAUUGAAAAAGACGAUUCCAAGCUGGACAAUGGUGAUAACAACAGCACAUCUGGCGAUGAGGAAAUGGGGGGCAUGGAGCCACAUUGGUCGACCGACAAGGCAGCCGGACUCAGUUUACCUCCACAACAACUUCUCGUCGUGCUCGAAAGCGGCGACUGUGUUUUCCUUUUCAUCCACCCCCAAAGCGGCGACAACCCCAUAUUCGUGUCGACACAUUGCCAGCCACUUAGUAACCGAAUCGUGCAGCCCGGGUUUCACACAUGUGUUGAUCCCAGCUCUCGAUACGUGGCUGUUGCCUGCCCAGAAAACUUUUUCAUUGUACACGAGCUGGAAUCCUCUCAAAAGCUCAACGAUGCAUACUCACGAAACAAACCAUUGAAACCCAUCAAAUACUCCCGCCCCCGUGCCGUGCAGGGCGUCAUACACAAGAUGGAGUUCUUGUAUCCACGUACCGAAGACGACUACCACAUCAUUCUCCUACUCAUUAUCGUCAACAAUGGAAAGUCUCGGAUGGUAACGUACGAAUGGGAAGCUGGUGAUAACCUUGCAGCCGUUUUCAGGGACGAGAAGAGGGGGCACCCGCUCCCUCCACAGCAUCAGAUGCCAAUUUUGAUCGUGCCUCUGACGCUUCACUCGGCUUUUUUUGCUAUAUCAGCACGUCAUAUUGGCGUUUGCAAGGAUGCACUCAAUCUUCCCACCGAGUUCGACGACUUUGCAAUGGAAGUACACGAAACAUCGCGAUUUCACCAUGGUCGCGGUAUUCCCUAUUGGGCAGCGUGGACGCGGCCAUACCGGCUCCCCACAUACAACACAACACGAGACAGCAUCUACCUUGCACGGGAAGAUGGCGUUGUCAUGUUUUUGGAUAUCAACUCUGACAACAUUCUCGGUGCGUCGGUGGAGAUUGGAAAAUUUGAGUGCAAUAUCGGCACAGCAUUUUGCAGCUUGUUUGACGACUUUAAUGAUAUUUUGAUAAUGGGCGGUGACUCCGGCCCGGGCACAAUAUGGCAGAUCCGACCUCGGCAGCCCAACAUGCAGCUUGGGAAAAUACCAAAUUGGUCCCCAGUCGUUGAUUUUGUGACCACCGACGAAUUUGCCACGGUCAAUGGGCUUGUUGGAGCCAAAGGAAACAAGAUAGAGGCCAGGAGUCACGACGCAAAUAGACUGUCUGCUGCCCCUCACUUGCCAAAUCCAGACCGCAUUUUCAGUACUUCUGGUCGUGGUGUUACAGGAGCCAUCACCGAGUUUCGACACGGCUUACGCGCAGAUUUGGGCCUUGAAGUCGACUAUCCCGUACCUGUCAAAACGGCUUGGAUAUUUGCAACGAGAACCGACGACUAUGACAUCGAGUUUCAAGUCCUGAUCUCUUUGGUUGACAAGUCCGAGGUCUUCUAUUUAUCCGCCGAUCUCGCACAAGUUGGUAUUCACGAAGAAGGGACCACAUUAUACGACUUGGAAUCCCGGACGCUGGUCACAGCACAGUUGUCCGAAGACGUGAUCGUGCAGGUGACGGAAAACUAUAUUGUCUUUUCCGGCCCCAGCUCAAGCAGUGUCGCCCUGCUGCCCCGACGUGGAAACGAAGCUGCAAUCGUGUUUGGAACAAGAGCAGGCGAUCUUGUGACCCUAAUUCUUGAUGAAUCUGGGGUUCUCUCUGGAAAUGUAGAAAGAAUCGGCCCAAGCACGGUGCAAGUGGUCAUCCUCGACGACGUUUACCUCGGAAAAGCAGUUCUGGCAACAUGUGAUGGCCGGAUUUCUAUGCAUUACGGAUCUGGAGAGAAGGCGGCCACGUUCCGAUCGACACACACAGUCUGGCCAUUUGAUGCCGCUGCCCUCAACAAGCCAGCACCAUAUAUCAACAGCGUGACUGUGCUAACCGGCGGUCUGCCUGGCCGCCUGAACAAAACGCAACUUGUACUUUCGUCAACAAAACAAUUUAUGCUGGCAGAACUACACCCUCAGCCGGGGCCGGUUCAACGUAGCUUACCACUCAACGGCACGCCUGCCAAGGUGAUCUACUCCCACACGCUUGGCUGCUUGGUUGUAGCAAUCAAGGAUCUUGAAAAUCGGCCCACGCUCCAAUUUAUCGAUCCCGACACUGGAGAAGACCAAUCGAUGCCGACCGACAAAAAUGGCGAGGCCGUUGAGUUCGUAUCCGGCCUUGGCAAAUCAGGCGACCAGAUACUGUCGCUAGGUGAGUGGAACUACGAACGGCAAGGAGACAAGUGGGUAUUUUUGCUUGUUUGCACCAAGGGUGGGCGUUUCCUCAUCCUUUCUACGACACGCACCAUUGUCGACCAGCAACCAAAAGUCAAGUACUGGACGCGAUACAAAAAGAGCUUUGCCGAGCCCGUGCAUUCUGUUGUCAGCCGAGGUGAGGAUGUGUUCUCCUGCGUGGGCUCGACGAUUUACUGGGACAAAUUGGAUCUAGAGGUGAAGCGUCUAAGCACAUGCGGGACGUUUGAGUUAAAUUCAUCUGCAACAUCUCUCCGGAUUGUCAAUCACAAGCUCGUGGCAGUGACCGACGACGAUGGCUCGGUCGAGAUCAUCGACAUAUCCGAUGGCGCUCCAGGCGAGAUGGCACUGUACCACGGAGACUCGGAGCAAAGGUCUGCAACGCACAUGAUUGAGAUCGGCAGCAAGAUAUCAGGCAACGAUCUUGAUACGUCUCUACUUCUGGUGUGUGGUCGCGAUGCGACGGCUUCCGGAUUGUGGAUCCCAUGGCGGCAACCGGGGAGAGACUGCUCAGUGAUUUUCGAAGCCGACUUGCCCGCGUCGGUGCGCAAACUUGUGCGUGGACGGACUCGUCCAAGCUGGCAGCAGGCCCGGCGCAAGGUGCAGUACGGUCUCGUCCCAAGUACGCCUGACGAAGCAGAAAUCCUAGGUUGCUGGCAACCGACGGAACGCGUCACAUACCAUACCGGCCGUCACAUCCCCUCUCCCCCUCCCAUUUCCACGUGGUACUACGAAUCUGCCACGAUGCCGCCGAAGAAGAAGGGAGGCAAGAAGGCCAACGACGAUUGGGAAGCCGAACUCGGCGAGAGCAUCGCACCCGUUUCUACGGCCCCGCCCGCCGACGGUGACGCCAAGAAUGACGACGACGACGAAGGCGGCGGCGGCGGCGGCCUGAUGGCCGUGCUGCGCAAGAACAAGGAGAAGCGCAAGAAGAAGGGCCUCUCCGAGGAGUUUGAGGACCCCAACGCCACGAACGGCAAUGGCGAUGCCUCAGCUGAGCCUGCUACCCUGCUGGCCGACAGGGCGCCCGUUGAGGCCACCAUGGACGACGAGUUUGCCCUCCCCGAGAAGAAAGGCAAGGGCGGCAAGGGCAAGCAGGCACCCGCAAAGGCCGAGCCUGCAGACGAGGAUGACGACAACAGCGGCCGCAUACUGACUAAGGCCGAGAAGGAAAAACUCAAGAAGGAACGCGAGAAGCAACGGAAGAAGGAGCAGGCUAGCAAAAAGAAGUCUGAGCCAGCAAAGGCACCAGCCAAGGCCGCACCCGCAGCUGCUGCCGCACCUGUUGCUGCUGCUGCUGAUGCUGCGGUUCCCGCUCCCGGACCUGCCGCGGCCGGUGGCAAGAAAAAGAAGAUCCCUGCACACUUGCUUGCCAUUCAGAAACAGCAGGAGGAGCUCCGUCUCCGCGCAGAAGAGGAGCAGCGUCUCUUGGAACAAGAAAAGGCCCGCAUUGCGGAGCUCGAGCGGCAAGAGGCCGAAGAGGCGAAGCGCAAAGAGGAACAAAGAGCAUUAAAGAAGCAAAAGGAGAAGGAGCGGAUCGAGCAGCUCAAGAGGGAGGGCAAGUACCUUACCAAGGCACAGAAGGAGGCCAAGGCUCGCAACGAGCAGAAGCUCCAGCAGAUGAUGGCUGCGGGCAUCAAGGUAGGCGGUCUGGAUCAGACGGGCGCCGAUGAAGACAAGAAGAAGUCGUCCACAGCGGACCGGAAGCGCAAUGCCGGCCGCAAGGCCAAGGUUGACGAGGAGAAGGUCCUGGCCGAGGCUGCGGAGCGCGCACGCCUGAACGCCGAGAAGCUGGCCAAGGAGGCCGAGGAGCGCGAGAAGGCUGCCAAGAAGAAAGCCAAGGAGGAGGAAAGCAAGGCUGCCGCCACCGCCGAGAGCGAUAUUGACGAUGACUGGGAAACUGCUGCCGCCACUGCUUCCAAGACGGAGGAUGUCAAGGACAGCUGGGACGCCGACUCGGACGAGGAAGACAAGAAGUCUCUACCGGUCCGGCCAAAGAAGAAGAGCGGGGAGGGCGAGGACGACGACGACGACGACGACGAGAAUGACGACGACGACGACAGCGAUGAGGACAGCGAGGAUGACAGCGACGAAGACACCAGCGAGGACGAGCAGGAGUCGGCCGCCAAGGCUGCCGAGGCGCAGCGCAAGCGUGAGCUGGCCGAGCUGCGCGAGAAGGAGCACCAGGCCGCUCUGGCUGCACGGUCCAAAGACAACCUGCGGUCGCCCAUUUGCUGUAUCAUGGGCCACGUCGACACAGGCAAGACCAAGCUGCUGGACAAGGUCCGCCAGACCAACGUCCAGGAAGGCGAAGCAGGUGGUAUUACUCAGCAGAUUGGUGCUACGUACUUCCCCAUCGAGGCCAUUCGACAAAAGACCCAGGUUGUCAACAAGGACAACUCGUUCGACUUCAAGGUCCCCGGUCUGCUUAUCAUCGACACCCCCGGUCACGAGUCGUUCUCCAACCUCCGUUCCCGUGGUUCGUCGCUGUGUAACAUUGCUAUCCUAGUCGUCGACAUCAUGCACGGUCUGGAGCCCCAGACGCUCGAGUCUAUGCGCAUGCUGCGUGACCGGAAAACGCCCUUUAUUGUCGCCCUCAACAAGAUCGAUCGUCUCUAUGGCUGGAAGAAGGUUGAUAACAACGGCUUCCAGGACAGUCUGGCGCUGCAGAACCGAGGCGUCCAGAACGAGUUCGCCAAGCGCCUCGAGCAGACCAAGGUCGCCUUUGCCGAGCAGGGUUUCAACUCGGAGCUCUUCUACGACAACAAGCAAAAGUCCCGUGUCGUGUCGCUGGUGCCCACCUCCGCCCACACAGGCGAGGGUGUCCCUGACAUGCUGAAGCUGCUCGUCCACUUGACCCAGGAACGUAUGGCUGAAUCGCUGAUGUACCUGUCCGAGGUGCAGGCGACCGUGCUCGAAGUCAAGGCCAUCGAGGGCUUCGGUAUGACCAUUGACGUCAUCUUGUCGAACGGUAUCCUGCGUGAGGGUGACCGCAUUAUAUUGUGCGGUGUCGAGGGUGUUAUCAAAACAAAUAUUAGAGCCCUGCUCACACCUGCACCAAUGCGCGAAUUGCGUGUUCGGUCUGCCUACGUGCACAACAAGGAGGUCAAGGCCGCCAUGGGUGUCAAGAUUAGCGCGCCCGGCCUCGAGGGCGCUAUUGCUGGUUCUCGGCUGUUGGUUGUCGGCAAGUACGACGACGAGGACGACCUUGAAGAGGAGGUCGAGUCCGAUCUCGCCUCUGUCUUCAGCCGUGUUGAGAAGUCUGGUCGCGGUGUCAGUGUGCAGGCCUCGACGCUGGGUUCGCUCGAGGCUCUGCUAGACUUUUUGAAGGACUGCAAGAUCCCCGUCGCCAAUGUCGGCAUUGGUCCGGUCUACAAGCGUGAUGUCAUGCAGACCGGUAUCAUGCUGGAAAAAAGCCCCGACUACGCAGUCAUGCUAUGUUUCGAUGUCAAGGUCGACAAGGAGGCUGCCGCCUACGCCGAAGAUCAGGGGGUCAAGAUCUUUACGGCCGACAUUAUCUACCACUUGUUUGAUGCCUUCACCAAGCACAUGGCCGUCCUGAGCGAGAAGAAGAAGGAGGAGUCCAAGAUGCUGGCUGUCUUCCCUUGCGUGCUCAACACCGUCGCUGUCUUCAACAAGACGGCCCCUAUUGUCGUGGGUGUCGAUGUUGUCGAGGGCAACCUGCGCAUCAACACGCCUUUGGCCGUCGUUAAGACCAACCCCAACACCAACCAGAAGGAGAUUAUCAGCGUCGGCAGAGUGACCUCCAUUGAGCGCGAACACAAGCAAAUCCAGAUCUGCAAAAAGGGCCAGCCGUCUGUGGCCGUUAAGAUCGAGAUGGGUGGCCACCAGCCAGCCUAUGGCCGUCAUCUGGAGGAGUCGGAUACCCUCAUCAGCCAGAUUUCGCGUGCCAGUAUCGACACACUAAAGGAGUUCUACCGCAGCGACGUCUCGGACGACGAGUGGAAGCUGCUGAUCAAGCUGAAACCUGUCUUCAACGUGAUCUAG